AUGCAUCACUCUUUCCUUACCACGGCUCUCUUGAUCGCCUCCAAUGUGUUUGCCCAGAACAACCCCACCAACACCACCAGCGUCAACGGCCCACUAAGCACCCAGGCCAAUGCCAACCAAGCAGGUGCCGCCGCGGGGCCCAAGACCAUCACCCUGAACUGCACCGACAGUCUCUUGCCUUUCUCGGAGCGCGACCUCGCCGAGAUGGCUCAGGAGGACCCUUCCACGGGUGCAAAACAGAACCAAGCCCUUCCUGACCCCCAAACCCUGUCCACUGUGCAAACAGCCGCUAUCUGCAAGAGUGGACCGGUUACAGCCAUCUGCGUCCUCAAUACAUGCCCCAUCAACGAGCAGUCCACAUACCCAGUUUGCCAAGAGUGCAAUGAAUACACGCCCAACGAACAAGGCGACGACGGUACCCUCGGUAAAGACCUCAUACCAUCAGUAACGUGCGACGACAGCUACAACUUCAACAUAACCGACAAGUUCUCACACUUGUGCUCUACCAAGGCCGCGAAGACAUUCUCUUGCAAGACAUGCUAUUCAGCCAGAUCCUGUAACACCUGUUAUGACGUCAAAGACAUCCCCAAUGACGCCGCCCCUGCCGGCACCACUGCCACCAACUCCGUUCCCCUCAACACCAACGCUGGCCCCAACAAUGCCGCCCCCGUCACUCCCCCCACCACCCCUACUACCACUCCCCCGACCACCACUCCUCCUACCAACUAG